AUGGUCGGCGAGGAAUAUGGGAGACUCUAUUACUGGGGCGCACACCCGGACACAAUGAGGGAUCAAAAUAUUGCCUCACCCUGCGAGUGGACAGAUCUUCCCCAGAGUUACCUGGACCCCAUGCUGGUCAAGUAUGCUUCGCACCACGGCUUCGAGAUGCGCUUUUCCACCAAGCUCAUUGGCGUCAAACGGUCAUCUGAUGUCUGGGCCUGCGAGAUCCAGGACUUGGUUUGCAAGAGCACAUUCGAAAUACGCGCCAAGUACAUCUUCGGUGCCGAUGGGGGGCGAAGUGUUGUGGCUCGCUCGUUGAACUUCGAAUUCACCAACAAUGCGGGCGGGGGUGUUGCGUGCAACGUUGUCAUAAAUGCCGACCUCGACCAUGUCAUGCACCCAGCGCGACAGGCAGACCUACACUGGAUAAUGAAGCCAGAUUUGAAGACAAGAUUUGGAAUAGGCCCAACCCUCCGAAUGAUCAGGCCGUGGAAACAGUGGAUGUUGGUCGCCUUCACGCCAGGAGCGACCGAAGAUCCGUUCAGAGACUUGACCCCGAAGAGCAAAGAACUCAUAGACUUCAUCAGAGAACUCAUUGGAGACGAUUCCGUGGAUGUUGAAGUUCUGAGGAUUGAUCCGUGGGUCUUGCGAGACAGCGUUGCGAUCAAAUUCUCCAAGGAACAAAGCGCUUUUCUGCUCGGAGAUGCCGCUCAUCGCCAUCCGCCAGCAUUCGGACUUGGAAGCAACACCUGCAUUCAGGAUGCGUACAAUCUCGGAUGGAAGGUUGCCUACGUCUCAAGGGGUCUGGCGGGAAGGGGACUCUUGGAUUCCUACGACGCUGAGAGACAGCCUGUUGGGGCAAACGUCGUCAGGGAUGCCAACUACGGGGUUGACCUGCAUGCCGGCGUCUGGGAAGCACUCGGUAUGUUUGCUCCGACACCAGAAGAAGGGAUGCAGUACAUCAACAACCUGUCCAGUGGGACACCGGAAGGCGCAGCUGGUAGGGCAAAGUUGCAUGCCGCUUUGGAAGGGAUGAGGCAAGAAGCUGAGAGCCUGGGUGCUACCAUGAACCAAUGGUACAUAUCCAACGCUGUCUAUCUGGACGACGAGAGCCAGCCGAGACCACCGCUCGAAGGAAACCGCUUGGUCCAGAUUCAAGUCAGCACAUACCCGGGCACUCGUCUUCCGCACGCAUGGCUGGACCACUGGUCAACACGAAGGAAGAAGAUCUCCACCCAAGACAUAGCUGGCAAGGGCUCGUUCUGCCUCCUGACUGGACAUGGCGGGGAUGCCUGGAAAAGAGCCGCGGACAAAAUUUCUCAGAGCACGGGCAUACCAAUCAACAGCUAUGGCAUAGGGUUUGGCCUUGACUACCACGAUGUUUAUCGCGAGUGGUAUACCAGACGGGAGGUCGAAGAUGAUGGAUGCGUGCUUGUUCGGCCGGACAGGUUUGUGGCGUGGCGAUCGGCGAAGAUGGUCCCCGACUGUGAAAGUAAGCUUUCAAGGGUUUUGGACCGGAUUCUGUCACGGGACGAGCUGUUGGUAGUGCAGAAUGGCGAAUCGUAG